AUGUCAAUUAUCUUUUUCUACUUAACACUCUUAUCAUUUUCAUUAACACGAGCGUGCGAAAUGUUCGUUGGUAUGACCUGUACAUGUUAUGAAUCAAUUGAUAUCCGUUGUACGAUGCCAAAAAUAGCUCCAUUAGCAUUUGUAUCACCGUUGGCUAUCAGAAGUUUUCAAACAAUUGAUUUAAAAAUAAAUUCCGAAGAACACAUACGACUUGAUCCGGAUUAUUUUAUUCUAUUGAAUAAACUUUUUACCAAUACAACACAACAUUCACUAUCAAUAACAUUGCGUUUUCAAAAUUUCUAUUCAUUUCAUGCUGAAACAGCUACAUUUCGAAAUUUAUUUCAUAGCAUCAACACUCCAUAUUCGCGUUUUAUUAUUGAAUUGCAUCCGUUAAAAGCAAAAUCAAUUAUAUUUGAACCCAAUACAUUCGAUAAUCUUAAUGUUCACGAACUUUCAAUCUACGCUGAUUCAUUAACAUCAUCAUUUGAAUCAAUAUUUAACAAUACUAACAUAUUGCAUUUAAACAUCGAAGGAGCAACUGUUGCACAUGAUCCAUCACUCUUAUCAAAAUUUACAGGUCAAAUUCGAUCAUUAAAGGUAACACGAAUGAUUGAUAGUGUUAACAGCGACGAAUUUCCUCCGUUUCCAGUUCAAUCCUAUACGAUUGAAGCUCAUAAAAUGAGAAAAUUAAAUGCUUUAUCAUUUUCGGAUUAUAAACAAUUAACCGGUUUGAAUAUAAUUCAACCAGAUGUUUCAAUCACACCAAAAGUUUUAAACGGCUUGGAAAAUUUAUCGAGUUUACGAUCGAUUUCGUUCGACGCCGAACGCAUUGCUGAUGGUGCAUUAAAACAUGUUAAACAUAUACAAACAUUAAUUCUCGGUUCAUAUUUAAGAAUGUUAGAUACUGAAAGUCUUAAUCUUCUGACGUCAUUAAAACAAUUGGAUGUACGUUACGUACAAUUUUCAACUUUACAAGCGAAUACAAGUUGUGCUUUAGCUGAUUAUAUUAAUCGACGACGAAUGUUAGGUUUAACUGUUUAUUUACCAAAUGAAAAUAUCGAUUGUGAUUGUAUAUUAGUUUUUCUUAAUACUAUGGUUGAUGAUGGUGAGCAAUUAAUAAGAUGUCAAUCGACAAAUAAUGAUCGUUGUCUAUUUUCAUCAUGUCCAAUUGUAUCGGAAUAUUUUAAUCGUAAACAAAUCGAUCAUGAAAUCAUUCAAGUAAAUACACCCGCUCUAUUAACACCAUCGAUUGCAUCACCUGUUGUUGAUUUCAAUGAACAAGAUUCACCUUACUAUCUUGAUUCAAAAGAAGAACGAACAACUGUGAGCAUUAUUAUGGAACCAAGCAUUUAUGAUGAAGACGAAACUCUGCCGACUACUACAAGCAUACCGGCAACGACAACGACAAUAAUAGCACCGUUUUUAACUGAUCCUGAAGAGCCUAGUAAAGAUUUCUCGACACCAUUGAUGAAACGACUAAAUUUUGAAUCAAAAACUUUUGGAUCUUCGAAUUAUUUAAUUGUAUCAUGGAUUCCGUUUGCUAUAAUAGCUUCGUGUCUAUUUCUUACAUUAUUGAUUGCUAUGAUUAGUUAUAUUAUUUAUCAUCAACGGCAUACUGUUUCGUUUAAACUUAUUCCACAAACAUUACCUAUUAUUUGA